AUGACUGAGUGCUCCAGAUGGGAAGCCAUCAAUAUAUCAGGAGUCCACACAGUGACUGAGUUCGUACUCCUGCGUUUUCCCUGCUCCAGAGAGGUUCAGGUCGUCCUCUUCAUGCUGUUUUCUGUGUCCUGCAUCCUGACACUGAUGGGGAACGGGGCCAUCGUCUGUGCAGUGAAGCUGGAUCGCAGGCUUCACCCCAUGUACAUUCUGCUGACCAACUUCUCCUUCCUAGAGAUCUGUUACAUCAACACCACUGUUCCCAUUAUGUUAAGGAACUUCCUGUCAGAGACCAAAACCAUCUCCUUCACUGCCUGCUUCCUCCAGUUAUAUUUCUUCUUCUCCAUGGGCAUCACUGAGACCUUCUUACUGCCCCUCAUGGCUUUUAAUUGGUACCUGGCCAUCUGCCGGCCUCUCCGCUACCCUACCAUCAUGAGCAGCCACCUGUGCAUGAACUUGGUGGCCCUUUGCUGUGUAACAGCCUUCCUUUGCUAUCCAGUCCCUAUCUAUUUUAUCACACAACUCCCCUUUUGUGGCCCCAACACCACUGACCACUUUGUCUCUGACCUUGGUCCUCUUCUGGCUCUGUCCUGCAUCCCUGCCCCUGGAAUUGAGCUUUCCUGUUCUGUAUUGGACUCCCUUAUUAUCUUCAUCACCUUCUUCUUCAUCCUUGGGUCCUAUACCCUGGUUCUCAGAGCAGUGUUGUGUGUCCCCUCAGCAGCUGGCAGGCGUAAGGCCUUCUCCACCUGCGGCUCCCACCUAGUUGUGGUGACUCUAUUCUAUAGAACCAUCAUGCUUAUGUACAGCAGCCCAACCUCUGGAAAUACAGCUGGAAUACAGAAGAUUUUAACCUUGUUCUACUCAUCGGUGACUCCACUUAUAAACCCACUGAUCUACAGUCUUUAGAACAAGGACAUGAAGGCUGCCUUGAGAAAAUUAUUGGAGAUGACAACUGUUUACAAUUUUGGUUAUGGAGAUGGUUUCACAGAACAUCCUUGGGCCUGGGAAGUGUCCCUAGAUGCAGCUGCCUUCUUGGAGAUGUCUACAUGA